AUUUGAUUCGACAAUCGAUUUUUGGAAUUUCUUCCUCUCAAAAUGUUUCAAAUUUCAGCUGUUUUCAGCGACCAAGAACUAUAACGAUGUAAUAAAUCGUGUUAUACUUUAACAUUGGAUAUAUUUAAAUAAUUUAGAACUUAAAAUUUAUCCUGGAAUUGCCACUCUAGUGAAAUAUUAGACCUACAAAAUGGAAAUAAAAAUUGAAUGGGCGAUAAUAGAGUUGAUUUUUCUUUCAAUUCUUGGAGAGUCCCAAGUAAAAGCAGAUAAGAAUAAAUAUUUUACCUUACCAAGGAAAAAUUGUAUGUAUGGAUUCUCCGAUAAUGCUCAAAGUCCAGGGGAUAUAGAUGGAGCUGUGCUUCUUCCAAAAUAUGCACCGAAUUGCAAAAAAGCAACUUUCUAUGGCAAAGGUGACAUUGAAUCAAUAUUUACCACGACACAAAUGCUUGUUCAAAUCAAAGACUUUAAAAUUACGAAUUGUGAUGUAAUACUCUCAGUAUAUUUAGAUGAUGAUUUGAGCAGAAGGGCAAUACCCGAUACAGUUCUAACAUGCACCGAUAAAAAGUCCAACUACACUCUUGAGUCCAGGAAUCGUUAUGCUGCUGUUGUGUUGGAGUCUUCCAAGGGACUCCAUCUCCAAGGUUACAAGUUUAAGAUCAUUAUGACAUCAUUCUACAAUUCUCGUGUUUGUGAUGAGUUUAAAUGUAGAAAUCGCAAAUGUAUUGAUGAUUCAUUGAAGUGUGAUGGGGUUGACCAUUGCGGAGAUAAUUCAGAUGAGUCUACAUCAUAUCCGACUAAGUGUAAAUUCUCAUCUGGGAUAAAAGUUGGUUGGAGCCAGUUCCUCGUAGGAGGAAUCGUUGUCCUAGUUGUCAUAUUCAUUAUAUUUGGUGUGGUUAUGUAUCGUCGUAGACGACAGGCAGGGCAACAGGCAGCGAAUACAUCAGUUCCCCCGGCACAACCUACUACAUUUGUUUCCCCUGCUGCUCCUGCUGGUUCUUAUCCUGCACAACCUGCAGGUUACCAACAAAUGCAACCUGCAGGGCCACCACAACCUGCAUAUGGAGCCUUCCAGCCCCAAGGUCCUGCGCAAUACCCACUUGGGGAACAACCUCCCCCAGCAUAUGGGGGUUAUCAACCACCACCCCAGGGAUAUCCAGGACCCGCACAACCUCCCCCAGGAUAUGCCCCACACCCCGGACAACCACCAUACCCCCCUCCACAAGGUGGUGCUCCACCCCCAGGACAAUAUCCCCCACCAACAGGACAAUAUCCCCCGGGAGCCCCACCCCCAGGAGCCCCACCCCCAGGACAUCAACCUGUGGGAUACGUUCCUGCCACUGAAGAACUUAAGACAGGAUAUUAAAACUUCUGUCCUACAACACAAUGUAUGUGAUCACCAAUCCAGAUAAACCACUUACCUGUUGAAUUUGAAAUUUGAUGAAGAUGUAAGGGCAAACUAGUGCCAACAUCUGAUAAAGUUUCACCAUGCUUUGUAUUACUUGGUGGCCAUUUCUAAUUUCUCAUUAGAAAAUUGCAAUAUCUAUCACUGCGAGUCUAAUUUUUCUAAUUUUCAAGUGGAUGUAAAUUUAAUUUUCAAUUAGGUUCAAGCCUAUUUUCAAAAUC